AUGCGCUUACUAGUAUUUUUCUGCAUUUUCCUUUACCUCGUUGGAGUUAUCCAAGCUGCACCUACUACAAACACGACUACUAGCACUAGUAGCAACGUUCCCGAAGCCCCACCAUUCACAAAUAGAACCUUGUGGAACAUCGUCUCGAGCUGCGUCGUCACUCUAUUCGCAUGCAUUUAUAGUGCCAUUCACCCCAAUAUCCCGAGUCCUAAGGACAGCCCCGUUCUUAUUCUAUGGCGACGACUUGGUAUCAUAAUAAUGGCAUUAAUUGUUCCUGAACUGAUCGUUACGUGGGCUAUGCGCCAGUGGAUCAGUGCCCGUCAUGUUACCAAAGAGUUUAAGGAAUCAGGAUAUUUUGAUUAUACAUGGACUCAGACGCACAGCUUCUUUGUACUCAUGGGUGGUUUCAUGCUUUAUGUGGACAGGAAACCCUACCGUACACUACAGCCUAAGCACAUUCUCAAACUGAUACGCGAGGGGUGUAUCGACGUCCCUACCCUAACGGCAAGGCAAAUCCACGACAAGAGCAAAGGCAAUGCGAUAUCGAAAGGGUUGAUCAUCCUUCAAGUGGCCUGGUUUAUCAUGCAGCUCAUCACCCGCGUCAUCUAUCACCUCGAAAUUACCCAGCUCGAAGUGGGGACACUCGCUUUUGCGGUUCUCAAUUUCCUCACUUAUGCUGUGUGGUGGAACAAGCCUCUCGAUGUGCAAUGUCCACAUCCAGUGUACUGGAAGUCGACUGAGUCAAGCCCAGAGGAUCAUUACAUUUAG